ACUGCCACUCUUCGGAUGAAUAAAAGAUGCCCACAAAAGAGAAAAAAACGACAGAAACCGAAGAACAGGAUGACGAAGGAGAGGAGAAGGAGCCAAAGGUGAAAGGAAAGAGUAAGAGGGACGUAGACGAUAAGAAAACGAGACAGAAGAACUCUGGGGACAUCACAGAGACGAAGAAGAGAAAAAAGAGCGGAACAACAGAAGACAAAAAGAAGAAAAAAGAACUUCAAAACAACAGCGAUGGUGAGGUGACCGAAAACCACAAUGCGACAGACGAACAAAACAACAAUGAACCCAUCAAAAAAGAAAAACGGACCAAAGAGAAAUCCUCCCAUGAGGAACGGGACGAAAAAGAGGUGAAGAAGGAGAAGAAAAAGAAAAGUAAACCAUCUGAUAACAAAGAAGGUGAAGACGACAUGGGGUCGAAAAAGAAGAAGAGCAAAGAUGGCAAGAAGAAAAAGAAAAAGUCGGCAGAGGAAGAUGAAGACGAGGAGGCUGUGCAGGAAGAGGAAGAGGAAGAGGAGGAUAAGAAGAAGAAAAAGAAGGAUAAGAAAAAAAAGAAAGGCACGGACAGCGACGAGGAGAAGACGAAAAAGGGAAAGAAGUCAAAGGUCAAACAUGUGGACUAUGCAGAGCUCUAUCAGCAGGAGUUAUUGAACUAUCAUACAGAAGAAUCGGACGACCAAGAUGAUGAAUACUACAAAAAGAAAGUGUACGAGGUGGUGACGAUCACAGGUGAUGUUAAAGGGGCGGGGACGGAUGCGAACGUCUUCAUCACAAUGUAUGGAGAGUUUGGCGUAACUCCCAAAGUUCAUCUGGCCAGCAAGAGCAGAACUGCUUUUGAAAAAAACAAGACUGACGUCUUUCGGAUCAAAACACACAAUGUUGGGCCAAUAAAAAAGAUAAGAAUUGAGCAUGAUAACACGGGCAUGAGUGCCAGCUGGUUCCUGGACCGGGUCAUUGUGACUGACAUGAACAGGCCACACCUCCGAUUCUUUUAUGCGUGCAAUAAUUGGCUGAGCAGAGAAGAGGGGGAUGGACUUACCGUUCGAUACCUGUUGGGCAGCCUAAACCCCAUGGACAUUCCCAAACAGAACAAGUACAUCGCCAGCGUCUUUACUAUGGAUGCUAAAGGCAGUGGAACGGAUGCUGAUGUCUUCCUAAAUAUUUUUGGAGAAUUUGGGGACACAGGGGAACGGAAGCUGGCCAGCGAAGGAAAGGACAAUUUUGAGCGCGGCAAUGAAGAUAAAUUCACAAUUGAGGCCCCGAAUCUCGGCAGACUUCGGAAAAUCACUAUUGGUCACAAUAACAAGGGAUCGUCUGCUGGCUGGGCCUGUGAUAAAGUUGUUAUAGAUGACAUGGGGAAUAAAGAAGUGUAUGAGCUUUCUGUUGAUGCCUGGUUUGAUAUAUCUGAAGGCGAUGGAAAAAUACAAAGAGAUGUUCUUGUUGGAUCCACACAACCGAUGGCGAUUGUAUAUAACGUACAGGUGAUGACGGGUGAUAUACGUGGAGCGGGUACAAACUCAAAGAUUCAUCUGGUGAUGCACAGCUACAAAGGUAUCAAGAACAGCGGUAAGUUAUUCCUGGAGGGCGGCACGUUCGAGCGCGCUCAGAUCGACAUCUUUAACGUGGAGCUCCUGGAGCUUCUCAGUCCGCUCAGCAGAGUCACCAUCGGACACGACAACGCGGGCAUUAGCUGCGGUUGGUACUGCGAAAAGGUGACGGUGUAUUGUCCGUUCACGGGUCUCGAGCAGGUGUUUCCCUGUGGCAGGUGGUUGGAUGAAGAUGAGGGAGACGGACUGGUGGAACGAGAACUGUAUGAGAUGGUCUCGCUGAGACAGAAAAAACAGAAAAAAUUCCCCUGGUCUCUCUGGAUCUGGACAUCUGAGAUCAAAGGUGCCGGCACAGAUGCGCUGGUGUUCCUGCAGGUGUACGGAGACAAGGGAAAGAGUGAUGAGAUGAACCUCGAGAGUAAAUCGGACAGUUUUGAACAGGGACAGUGUGAUAAGUUCAUUAUCGAGAUGCCUGAUAUUGGGAAGAUUCGGAAGCUGAGGAUCUGGCACGAGAAGAGGAAUCCGUUCUCCGGCUGGCAUCUUGGCAGGGCGACACUGAUGAAGACCCUUACUAGAGAGAAAUACUCAUUUGUGUGUAACCGUUGGCUGGACAUCAAUGAAGAUGAUAAUGAGAUUGUCAGAGAGCUGCCGGCUACUGGAGCGCUUGUGCCAGAACCUUUAUCACUUGUGAAGUAUCGUGUGACAAUUUGUACGGGGAACGUCAGUGGCAGUGGAACAGAUGCCAGUGUUUAUUUGAACAUCAUCGGUGAUUUGGGAGAUACAGGAGAACGGCUGAUGUUCAUGAGUAAAAACAACGUCAACAAGUUUGAGAAGGGAAACGCUGAUGAAUUUAUUGUAGAGGCGGUUACACUGGGACAGAUCAGGAGGGUUCGGAUUGGUCAUGACGGCCGUGGCGGAGGCUGUGGUUGGUUCUUGGAUAAGGUGAUGAUCCGAGAGGAGGGGCAACCUGAGGCAGCAUCCAUCGAGUUCCCAUGUUACAGGUGGUUGGAUCGUAAUGAGGAUGAUGGGCAGAUUGUAAGAGAGUUAGUUCCUACUGAAGAUGGCCAGCGUUUGUUUAAUAUUGGUUAUCACAUCGCAAUAAAGACGGGUUCCAUUAACGGCGCCAGCUCUGAUUCGAAAGUGUUUGUGAAGCUAUAUGGAGAAAAAGGCGACACGAACAAGAUGCUGCUGGUCGUCUCCGAUAAUGACCUGGGAAACUAUUUUGAGACCGGACAGACCGACAUCUUUACCAUAGAAACCUUUGACAUAGGCAAGAUAAACAGGCUGCUGAUUGGUCACACUAACGAAGGCCUGCGAGCUGGUUGGUUUCUGGACAGCGUUCUGAUUUGGGUCCCGGUGCAUGGGGUUCAGUACAUGUUUCCCAGUCAUCGCUGGCUCUGUAAAGACGAGGCUGAUGGGAAGGUGGAGGUGGAAAUCUACCCCAGUGAGACACUGGAGAUCGAAAAAUUGAUCAAUUAUGAAGUUAGUGUUGUGACGGGAGACGUCUGGGCCGGAGGGACAAAUGCAAAUGUCUUCAUGCAGAUUUACGGUGAAGAGGGUAAAAGCGAAUUAAUUCAACUGAAAAGCCGAUCUAACAACUUUGAGAGAGGAACAACUGAGAUCUUCAGGAUCGAGGCUUUAGAUGUGGGGCGGGUCUAUAAGAUCCGGAUCGGGCAUGAUGGAACUGGAGUUGGACCUGGAUGGUUCCUGGAGAAGGUGGAUGUGAAGCGAUUGGUCAUGGCAAUGGUAAAACCGGAGAAGAAAGAGGACGACAAGAAAGACAAGAAGAAGAAAAAGAAGAAAAAGGAGGAAGAGGAGCUUCCAGGUGAACUACGAGAGGUCGUUCAAACCUACAGCUUCCCGUGUGACCGAUGGCUCGCUCGAGGUGAAGAAGAUGGAGAGAUACUCGUAGAGUUGCGUGCUGAAGACUACGAAGAUUUGGAAGAGAACACAUACGAGGUCCAUGUGUUUACCGGCACUAUGAUGGGAGCUGGAACAGAUGCAGGUGUUUACGUCAACAUAUAUGGAGAAAUGGGCGACACAGGCGAGAGAAAACUACGCAAGUCAAACCAUCUGAACAAGUUUGAGCGAGGACAGGAGGACGUGUUCACCAUAAUGGGGAUGGAUCUGGGACUGUUGAAAAAACUGAGGAUUCGUCAUGACAACAAGCAGGCAAACGCUGCAUGGUACCUCGACCGUGUUGAGAUCUUUGAUACAAAAGAGGAAACCAUGUAUUUCUUCCCCUGUCAGCGUUGGCUGGCGGUGGAUGAAGAUGAUGGACAGUUGGGCCGUGAGUUAGUGCCAGUGGAUGAGGCCUUCAUGAGGAGAGAUGAAGAUGAUGAUGACGAGUCGUCGCCCGCUCAGCUCGGUCUAGAACAAAAAGCCAUGUCAACCACGUUUACAAUGAGAGUUAAAACCGGAGAGAAGCAGUACGCUGGAACCGAUGCAAACGUUUUUGCUAUUCUUUACGGAAGCAAAGAUGACACAGGUAUCAUCAAUCUAAAGGCUUCAAAGAACCACAAGAAUAAAUUUGAGCAGGGAAUGAUCGAGGAGUUUACAAUAGAGGCUGUAGACCUCGGAAAACUCAAGAGAAUCCGGAUUGGACACGACAAUUCAGGUGGAUCUCCAGGCUGGUUUCUGGACUGGGUGGAGAUUGACGCUCCAUCUCUCGGACAGCUCUUGCGGUUCCCCUGUGGCCGUUGGUUGGAUAAAGGAGAGGAUGAUGGUGCAAUUGUCAGAGACCUUUACCCUAAUGAACUACAGACAGAACUAUACACACCCUUUGUUCCCUACGAGAUUAAAUUCUUCACCAGUGAUAUAUUUGCUGCCGGCACAGACGCAGACGUCUUCAUCAUCCUGUACGGACAAAAUGGAGUGUGUACAUCUCAGAAAUCUCUCUGUGUUAAUAAAAGAGAGAGAAGAAUGUAUUUUGAGCGGGGCGCAGAGGACAUGUUCAUUGUAGAGCUGGAGGAUAUCGGUGAUAUCAUCGAGAAAAUUCGUAUCGGUCACGAUAACCGUGGAGUGAAUCCUGGCUGGCACUUGGACCGUGUGGAAAUUCGUAGGCUGCUCCGGAAAGGAAAGGGCUCUGAGACGGCCAUAUUUCCAUGUGAGGGUUGGUUGGCUCGCUCCGAGGAGGACGGUGAGACGAUUCGAGAGCUGGUACCUUCUGACAUCAUCGUCGAGAAACUAUCACGAGAUGGUACUCUUAAAGUCAUAGAGACUGAGGUGGACGAUGCACUGGAGAUACACACAUAUACAGUGACAGUAACCACAGGGGACGUGUGCGGAGCAGGAACGGAUGCCAAUGUGUUCAUCACUCUUUACGGAGACAUGGGUGACACCGGAGAACGCAAACUUAGCAAGUCAGAAAACAGCAACAAGUUUGAGAGAGGAUCGGUGGACACGUUCACUCUGGAGGCCGUGGAUCUGGGCCAGGUGUUUAAGCUCCGUAUUCGCCAUGACAACAGCAUGCUGAGCGCUGAUUGGUACUUGGAGCAGGUGGAAGUGUUGGACCAGGAUACGGAGGAGGUGUUUCUGUUCUUGUGUGAGCGAUGGCUCUCCCGUAAGCGAGAGGACAAACGGAUCGACAGGGUCUUCUACGUUAAGGGUUAUGAGGGAGAGCGAGAAACCGCUUUCUGUCCGAUUAAAAAAGUGCCGAAUCUAGACAGCAACAUGAACAAAAAGAACAAGAAACAUCAUUCAGAGGAGGAUGAAGAAGAGGAUGAAGAGUCACUCAUCCCGUACCACUUCACAGUCGCAACGGGUUUAGAUCGGGAUGCGGGGACGUCUAGCCGAGUAUACGUCAUCAUCAUCGGAAAGAAAAACAAGAAGACGAAACACCUCUGGCUCGACUUUAAAGGGAAGAGCGGAUUCCAGCCCGGGUCUUUGGAUUACUUCACCUGUUACGGAGCUGAUGUCGGAGAGAUCAAGAAAGUACAACUGGGUCAUGAUGGGGCGACACCAGAGAGCUGUUGGUUGGUAGAUGAACUGUCCGUAGAGAUCCCGACUAAAGGCGCACGAUUUGUGUUCCCCUGUAAAUGCUGGUUGGCCAAAGACAGAGGAGAUGGACUCACCGCUCGUUUGCUGAAUGUGCAGGACGCUGAAGCCGUCAACAUCCCACUGAAGGUCAUCUAUGAGGUCACGGUCAUCACAGGUGACGUCCUGCAUGCAGGUACAGAUACACAGAUUUACAUGACUGUGUUUGGAAUCCACGGCACAUCAGAAGAGAUGAUACUGCCAAAAUUAGAGGACAGAUUUGAACGUGGACAGACAGACACAUUUAAUCUGGAGAUUGAGGACAUCGCUCCUCUGAGGAAAAUGAGAGUGCGUAUAGACGGUACCGGAAGCCGACCGGAUUGGUUUUUGGAAAGGAUUGAACUUCAUAACCUUCAGACGGACGAGGUGUCGUUGUUUGUGUAUGAGGAAUGGCUGUCUCGCUCGUACGGGCCUAAGCGAACGCUCGUAUGCGAGAUGCCUGCCAUUAUAAAUGAUGAAGAAAUGGUGGAGUACACAAUUUACACCGUGUCUGUGAAGACCAGCGAUGCAACCGGGGCGGGAACUGAUGCUAACGUGUGGAUGAUUAUUUUCGGUGAAAAUGGCGACACUGGAACGCUCGCCCUGAAAGAGAGCGGCAACACAAACAAGUUUGAGCGCAAACAGACAGACACGUUUCGUUUCCCAGACAUCCUGAGCUUGGGCGAGCUCUCGAAAGUACGGGUUUGGCACGACAACUCGGGUGCGGCUCCUGGCUGGCACCUUGAGUAUGUGGAAGUACAUGACGACAUCAUGGGGAAGAAAUUUCGUUUCCAGUGUGAUCGUUGGCUCGCCAAGAAUGAUGAUGAUGGACAGAUAAUGAGAGAGCUGCCGUGUGCCAACAAUGAUGCACUGGAUUUCGAUGAGAAAACCAAAUAUGAGAUUCAGGUAACCACAGAAGACACAGACGAUGCAGAAACCAAAGAGAACGCCUGGAUCGUUCUGGAAGGAAAGAAAGGACGUUCGAAAGAGUUUGUGCUGGAGAACUCAACGAAGAAGAAACGCUUUUUACGCGGCAGUACGGACCGCUUUGAGUUCUCCUCUAAGGAACUGGGUGACAUCGCUGGUAUCUGUCUGGGACACAUCCCUAAAGACGGUAAGAAGGUCAAAACCGAGGCCUUCUGGACUGUGAAAGAGGUCGUUGUCACAGAGAAGGAGCUGGGCAACCGGUAUAUCUUUCAUUGUAACGCCGCCAUCCCUCUUUCCUCCAAACGUGAUGAGUUUCAGACUUUCGAGUGCACAAAGUUCAUCGAGAGUUUCGUCAGCAAGGCCCAGAGCCUCGUGCCCGUGAAAUACGAGAUCAUCGUCAUCACAGGCGACGAGAAAGGCGCGGGCACCGACGCCAACGUCUUCAUCACCGUCUUCGGCACUAACGGCGAUUCCGGUCGAAGGCAACUCCGCCAGAAAUUCCGAAAUCUGUUUGAGCGCGGAAAGACGAACCGGUUUAUUCUGGAGCUGUUGGACAUGGGCGAUCUGCUCCGAGUGUGCAUGGAGCACGAUAACUCCGGACUCAGCCCCGGUUGGCUCCUGAGCAGGAUUGAGAUCACAAACACGGCCAACGGAGUGACGACGGUCUUUGCGUGUGGGAAAUGGUUCGAUAAGAAAAAGUCAGAUGGGAGGAUAAAGCGCGUGAUCUAUCCGAAAUAUUGACAUUUAA